ACUUUUGCCGUUUGCACUAACAAUUGUGUGAUUCUCUAACUCUUGCUUAACAGCGAAAAACAGCUGAUUAUUCCUUUUUAUUUAAAAUGAUGAAAUGUGGCAUCUCAGUCGAGAUAAAUGUCAAAUAUGCGAAAAGUACAAAGAGGAAUAAGAAAAAAAACGUAUUUCCUUCCCGCGGAAACGGAUUUUUUAGCGCCAGCAACGUAUUGCAAUUUUAAAAGGAUGUCUAUCCAGCCGACGAAAAGGAGCCGUGCAUCGGGGGAGCAGUUAAGCGCGAUGCUUGACUUUCUGGGUGAAAACCCGAAUGUGGCGAGCGGCAAGUUCCAGAAGCUCCAUGGCAAGUUGGAGAACACCAAGAAGUGGGCAGAGAUGGCAGAUAAAUUGAAUUCUCUUGGGGGGGCUGCCAAAUCUGUGGAGUAA